AUAGCAUGUUGUUUAUUGUUCAUAUCUUAUGGAUGCGGAGUUUUCUUUUUUCUUGUGUAUCAAUAGAGGAGUGAUUUCAACAUGUUGGACCAUUUUAGUUGAAUUUUUUAUCAAAUAAAAUUGCCGUAUCAUCGAGUGGCGGGAACUUUUGACUAGUAUUGAAUAAAUCAACUAUCGGGAUUACAUUUAUAAAGAAACUCUUAUUCCUGCCCACAUAUAUGUUUUGCACUGUCUAUUCACUAAUAGAUCUACAGCAACUUUUUAAACGCGAGAGAAUAUCGUUUGCAACGAACGGUUCGACUCGACCACUUCCUUUCUGCCUGAUAAGCAAACAGGAAAGCAAAAAUGAAUCAUCGAUGAUGAUUAUAAUUAGAUCAUGAGCGAGAUGAUUACGAGUUUUUUUUCAUAAUUUACUGUUCCUGAGUAGCUAUAAAUAUUUCAUUUGCGUAAUUGCGAAAUUAAGAUAAACAACAUAUGAGAUAACUCAAAAUGUACUCGCCAAGAAAGAAAGUCCUUUGGUUCGCAAUUAUCAGUAGAAUUACGAUAUUAAUAUUGCAAGUAAUUUUCAAUGCCUCAAUUCCCGACCAUCGUGCAGAUGCGUUUAAAAGACCUUUGAGUUUCGCAGAAAAAGAAAGGUCCCUGUGGGAUCAAAUAAUUAAUUUUUUAUUCAACGGUCUUACACGUUGGGAUGGAGAAUAUUUUUUACACAUUGCGAAAUACGGGUAUACGUACGAGAAUACUAUUGCUUUUUAUCCAUUGUAUCCAGCUAUGAUUCGCAUUGUUGCCAUUAUUUUGAUGAAGAUAUUGCCUAUAUUAAACAGCCAAAGUAUCAUGAUCAUUGCUGCAAUGUUCAUUAAUUUUGCGUGUUUCGUAAAAUCAGCUCUAAUUCUUUACGAUCUUACUCAAUGCGUAUUCAAGGAUACCAUAAUAGCUUACAAAGCAGCGAUACUUUACUGUAUAAAUCCAGGCAGCAUAUUUUUUUCAGCCGUAUAUUCAGAAUCCAUGUUUGCGUAUUUAACAUUUUACACUAUGCUCGGGAGUAUGAAAUAUACGUCUACUAUUUAUUUUCCAUUAGCUUUGUCGACUUUAACGAGAUCGAAUGGUAUCAUUAAUAUGGGUUUUCCUAUAUAUUUCGGACUUAAGAACUUGUGUGAUUCUGCGUCGAAAGAAAUUGAGAAACAUAAACGCAACAUAUUGUACAUUUUUAAAUUAAUCACAUUAAAAAAUUAUUUCACUAUCUUGAGCACAAUAAUUAUAUCGCUAUCUCCGUUUUUUCUUUUACAAAUAUACAAUUAUAUUAAAUUUUGUACUUCUUCAUUUGAUAAAUCGUUACUGCCAAUUCACAUUUUACAGUACGCUACAGAAAAUAAUCUAAUAUUACCAGGCACAACUGCCUCAAUAUGGUGUAAUGCUACUAUUCCUUUAGCAUAUUCGUAUGUGCAAAAGACAUAUUGGAAUGUUGGAUUCUUAGAAUAUUAUCAAUUUAAACAAAUUCCAAAUUUUAUUUUAGCUUGUCCAAUAUUGUACAUUAUGUUGCGAUGCAUAAAAGAAUUUAUUUGUGAAUAUAAGGAUAAAUUAUACAUGCUAGGACUUUUUGAUAGUAAAAGAAAAAACGGAAAUACUAUUAAAGUAAAGAAAUACCCGUUAAAUAUGUUCGUCUUUGUGGUACAUGGAUUAUUUCUAACCGUGGUUUGCCUAUUCUUCGUACAUAUCCAAGUCAGCACACGUUUAUUAACUUCUGCAAGUCCCUUGAUAUAUUGGUAUUGUGCUUUGAUCACGUCUCAUAAGAGUAUCGACUAUACUGAUUUAGGAUAUGAACAUGGAGAAAACGUUUGCUGCAAAUGGAAAGUAUUUUUUUUAUCACAAAAACAAUAUACAUUGCAAGAUAAACUUGUACUGUUCUAUUUUAUAGGAUAUACAAUUAUAGGAUGUUUAUUAUUUUCAAAUUUCUUACCAUGGACUUGAGUCACAUCACAUUCCAUAUAUAUUCCAUAUGCUUUUUUUUUGUUAAGAAUGUUUUUAAAUUUUUUGA